AUGACGAUAACAGGUCCGAUGUCCAGCUACGGAAGUAUGUCGCCUUCAGACGAGAGCUUCGACAGGUACGAGCCGCCUUUCUACUGUCAGCCGCCACAUCAAGCACUGGACAGUGAGAUGCAGUCACUGCCUCUACGCUACGAGCGACCCUCCCCAUCCUCCUUCGUCAGGGUCGUGAAGAGGAGGACCACGGCGAACAAGAAGGAGAGAAGACGGACGCAGAGCAUAAACACCGCCUUCACCGACCUAAGGGAGUGCAUACCAAACGUGCCGCCGGAUACCAAACUCAGCAAGAUUAAAACUCUCCGCCUGGCUACCUCGUACAUCUCGUACCUGCUGAAGGUUCUGGAGACGGACGGCGAGCCGGCCGGCGGGUUCCGCGCCGAGCUGCACCACACGCCGCCCAGGCGGAGAACCGUCGACCCUAGCGCACAGGUGAGAGGGUGCAAUUUCCUGCAGCAAGCGACGGAGCGUCAUCGGCUGACGUCACGUCAUCGCCCAGACGAGGACUAUAGACCC